UCCCUUGGGCAUGUCUGACUGCUCGAAGUGCUCCAGCUCCUCCAGCAGGGCCUGGCAGAAGGGUGCUGUGAAUACCGGCAGCCGAGCCAAUAGAAGCCACUCACGGGCUCGUAGUCCUGGCGCAGCUGCUGUUCACUCCGGAAGCGCACGUGAAGCCCGUAGCGCGCCACGUACAAGUUCUCUGAGCAAAAGCAAGCGCAGCGGCAGAAGCGCCGGGGAGCCGCUGCGGUCCCCAUGCGAUGAAAGAGGGUUCCUGUCCCUCCGCAUCUUCAUCAGCAUUCGGUGUUGUCAGUGUUUUGGAUUCGGGCCAUUCUAUUAGGUCUGGCCUCGCCCCACAGACAAUGGCCUUGCCCCCAUGAGCUAGAGCCUGCCCCUCGGUGCCUGCCCACCCCUGGCCAGCAGGAUGCAGCUGUGGAAGGCAGUGGUGGUGACCCUGGCCUUCAUGAGUUUGGACGUCGGCAUGACCACGGCCAUCUACAUCCUUAGCCACCUGGACCGCAGCCUGCUGGAGGACAUCCGCCACUUCAACAUCUUUGACUCGGUGCUGGACCUCUGGGCAGCCUGCCUGUACCGCAGCUGCCUGCUGCUGGGGGCCACCAUCGGCGUGGCCAAGAACAGCACCCUGGGGCCCCGGAGGCUGCGGGCCUCGUGGACGGUCAUCGCCCUCGUGUGCCUCUUUGGGGGCAUCUACACCAUGGUGAAGCUGCUGCUCUUCUCCGAGGUACGCAAGCCAGUUCGGGACCCGUGGUUUUGGGCCCUCUUCGUGUGGACCUACGUUUCACUCGCUGCCUCCUUCCUGCUCUGGUGGCUGCUGUCCACGGUGCAGCCAGACGCCAAGGCCCUUGGGCGGGGUGCCGGGGCCGAGGGCGAGGGUGAGGGCGAGGGCUUCCCUGGGGAGGACCGGCCCGCGCCCGAGCAGGCGUCCGGGGCCACGCUGCAGAAGCUGCUGUCCUACACCAAGCCCGACAUCGCCUUCCUUGUGGCGGCCUCCUUCUUCCUCAUCGUGGCGGCUCUGGGAGAGACCUUCCUUCCCUACUACACUGGCCGGGCCAUCGACAGCAUCGUCAUCCAGAAAAGCAUGGAGCAGUUCAGCACGGCUGUCAUCGUCCUGUGUGUGCUGGCCAUUGGCAGCUCAUUUGCCGCAGGUAUUCGGGGCGGCAUUUUUACCCUCAUAUUUGCCAGACUGAACAUUCGUCUCCGUAACCGUCUCUUCCGCUCGCUGGUGUCUCAGGAGACAAGCUUCUUUGACGAGAAUCGCACAGGGGACCUCAUCUCCCGCCUCACCUCGGACACCACCAUGGUCAGCGACCUGGUCUCCCAGAACAUCAACAUCUUCCUGCGGAACACGGUUAAGGUCACAGGCGUGGUGGUCUUCAUGUUCAGCCUCUCGUGGCAACUCUCGUUGGUCACCUUCAUGGGGUUCCCCAUCAUCAUGAUGGUGUCUGACAUCUAUGGCAAGUACUACAAGAGGCUCUCCAAAGAGGUCCAGAGUGCUCUGGCCAGAGCCAGUAGCACAGCCGAGGAGACCAUCAGCGCCAUGAAGACAGUGCGGAGCUUUGCCAACGAGGAGGAGGAGGCGGAGGUGUACUCGCGGAAGCUGCAGCAAGUGUACAAGCUGAACAGGAAGGAGGCCGCAGCCUACAUGUACUACGUCUGGGGCAGCGGGCUCACACUGCUUGUGGUCCAGGUCAGCAUCCUCUACUACGGGGGCCACCUCGUCAUCUCGGGGCAGAUGACCAGUGGCAACCUCAUCUCCUUCAUCAUCUAUGAGUUUGUCCUGGGAGAUUGUAUGGAGUCCGUGGGCUCUGUCUACAGCGGCCUGAUGCAAGGAGUAGGGGCCGCUGAGAAGGUGUUCGAGUUCAUUGACCGGCAGCCAACCAUGGUGCAUGACGGGAGCUUGGCCCCUGACCACCUGGAGGGCCGGGUGGACUUCGAGAACGUGACCUUCACCUACCGCACUCGGCCCCACACCCAAGUCCUGCAGAACGUGUCCUUCAGCCUGUCCCCAGGAAAGGUGACUGCACUUGUGGGGCCGUCGGGCAGUGGGAAAAGCUCGUGCGUCAACAUCCUGGAGAACUUCUACCCCCUGGAGGGGGGCCAGGUGCUGCUGGACGGGAAGCCCAUCAGCGCCUAUGACCACAAGUACUUACACCGCGUGAUCUCCCUGGUGAGCCAGGAGCCAGUGUUGUUCGCCCGCUCCAUCACAGACAACAUCUCCUACGGCCUGCCCACUGUGCCCUUCGAGACAGUGGUGGAGGCUGCCCAGAAGGCCAACGCCCACGGCUUCAUCAUGGAGCUGCAGGACGGCUACAAUACAGAGACAGGGGAGAAGGGUGCCCAGCUGUCCGGGGGCCAGAAGCAGCGGGUGGCCAUGGCCCGGGCUCUGGUGCGGAACCCACCCGUUCUCAUCCUGGAUGAAGCCACCAGUGCCCUGGAUGCAGAGAGCGAGUAUCUGAUCCAGCAGGCCAUCCACGGCAACCUGCGGAAACACACGGUGCUCAUCAUCGCGCACCGGCUGAGCACGGUGGAGCGGGCGCACCGCAUCGUGGUGCUCGACAAGGGCCGCGUGGUGCAGCAGGGCACACACCAGCAGCUGCUGGCCCAGGGUGGCCUCUACGCCAGGCUGGUGCAGCGACAGAUGCUGGGGCUUGAGCCCGCCGCGGACUACACAGCCGGCCACAGGGAGCCGCCGGGCAACGGCAGUCACAAGGCCUGACCGCAGGGCCCCGCCUCUCCCGGUGGGGCAGAGGCCCCGGAGCCGGCCUGGCAGAGGUGCCCACGGGGGCCCCCCAUCACGGCCACCCCCACUGCCCUCUGAGCCCAAGCCCACGGCACUGGAGGGGGUGGGCCAGCUGCCCUGCCCCGAGAGUCACCGCUUCCUGCAUCUCUUCCCCGGGUCCCUGCCCUGUUUCCUGGGCCACCACCGGCCCCCUGCUGCCAUGAGCCACCCUGGCCAGUCUGGGCACGGAGACACCACUGGUCUCUCGGGCUGGUCUCCCGAAGCUUAUAGGCGAAGGUAGAACUACCUUUUUAAACCAAGAUCUUAACCAGGUUUUUUUACUGCUUGGUUCAAUGGCCCCCAUCAACUCCUAGAUUUCAAAAACAUUUUUCUAAUUGGGAGUAAUGAUGGGCAAGGUCCCUGAGAUGUUCUGGACACUUCUGAGCCGGGAGUGAAUGACCCUUCUCCCUAGAGCCUGGGGGGAUGUCAGGGAGAGCUGGGCCUCUGCUGUUUGCCCCUGGAGAGAAGGGGCUUCCCAGGCCCUGUGGUGGUGGGAACACGGCGGGGUGGGGGGACUUCCUGUCUUGCCCUCUUCCCAACUUCGUGAGUCAGGCCAAUGGUGGGCGGGGAGUGGAAGGCGCCUGCCUGCCCAUCACCCCCCAAAUCUAAGCCAGUCUCACUGUGAACCACUACAAACCUUAACUAGGGGAGUGAGGGGCUGGCCAGGCCUGGCGGAGCCUUGGGGGGUCCCUGGCCCAGCGCCCAGCUUGAGCCCCUCCCGCUGGCUUGUCCCUCCCUGCGCCCUCUCCCCUGGCUGGCAGCCCCCUCCCCACAUCCGCCCCGCCUCUCUGCCGUUCUGAGGCUCUCUGGACGUCUAGGAGUCCGGUGCACAGGACGCUGGCAAAGCCCAGGUCUGUCUUUGUAGUGGGGUUGCGAGAUGUUGGGAGAACCCGGUCAAUAAAGUAUACUACCUCUCA